GCUGCAACACUCUCUUCUUCAUAAAUGGCAUCAACUUCGCAGUGGACAUCAAAGCAAAACAAGAUUUUUGAGAAGGCUCUCGCAGUGUAUGACAAGGACACCCCCAGCCGCUGGGAGAAUGUGGCUCGUGCUGUAGGAGGAAAGACCGCUGAAGAGGUGAAGAGGCAUUAUCAAGUUCUUGAGGAGGAUAUCAAGCAGAUUGAGUCCGGUCGUAUUCCCUUCCCUAACUACAGAUGAAGUAGCAUGUCAUUUUCGUUGUACUUCCUUAUGUUUCUUGAAGUUCUUUAUUCAGUUCUCUGUUAUAGUUAUAUUAGUAUUGAAUAGAAAUCCAAAUCCUUUCUGUUAAUCA